CUAUCCUCGCCAUGGCGCCGUGUCCCUGCUCCCUCAGUUACAGAAAGUGGCCGCCUCUCUGCUGCUGUCGACCCAAAGCUCAUAGACUCACUCGUUGCCUAGACCCGCCAUCUUGGAGUCAGAGAACUGAGAGUCGGCAGCAGCUACGAGAGAGCGCAAAAGGGGGACACGGGGCCAAGGCCUUUUCACAUCUUCUGAACUGACCGUUGUGAUUGGAGAUAAUGAGGAUAUCCAUAUCCCACAUUAGAAAGUGAGUAUCCCUACCUAGUAGGGCCUACAGGUCUCAGUCCUCCAUGGCGUCUGGGGCUGGGCAGGCAGAGGCCGACGAUGGGGCAGCAUGGUCGUCAUCAGGCCUGGCCAAGCCUCUUCACCUUCAGCACCUGGAGAGAUCCCUACGCCUUGACAGCUUCCUUCGCCAGACCGCCUCAGUCUUCAACAGAGACCUAUCCAGUGAUGACAGCGACGAUGGCGGAUUAGGGGAGGGGCCUUCUCUGGGGCCGGUCAAUCAGCACGCAGCCUUGGCGAUAAAAGAAGAGUCAUGUGACCUGGAUGAGGAGGGGCUUGUUACCGAGGGCACCACCCUCAACGGAACUCCAUCACAAGAACACAAGGAAGACAAAGCCAGUCUAUACAACUUCUCCAAACUGAAGAAGAGCAGGAAAUGGCUCAAGAGUAUCUUGUUGAGUGACGACACCAGUGAGUCAGACACAGAGGACUCGGACUUCAGUCUGUCCAGAGAAGAGCUACAGGACAUGCUCAGACUGCACCAGUUCACAAGGGAGCACCAGAACAAGUUCCACAACGACGAGGAGCUGCAGCAGUACCAGUACUAUAGUACGGGACUSCUCUCCUCCCAGGACCCUUUCUAUGAACAACAGCGCCACCUGCUGGGCCCCAAGAAGAAGAAGAUCAAGGAGGAGAAGAAAUUCAAGGGCAAGUUAAAGAAGGGCAAGAGGAAAAAGAAGAGAGGGGAGGGAGAGUUCUCAGGCGAGGGGCGGCCGCAUGUCACCAAGAUCUUCGCCAAGUUUUCCCAUGACGCCCCUCUUCCCAUGUUGAAGAAGAAACACCUGACCGUAGAGCAGCUGAACGCACGACGACGCAAAGUCUGGCUCACCAUCGCCAAGAAGGAGUGCCCCAAGGCAUUCAAGCAAAACAAAGCAUCAGCCAAGAACUUUGUCCUUACCAAUGCCAAAAAGCUGGCCCACCAGUGUAUGCGUGAGGUGCGAAGGGCAGCCAUCCGCCAGAAGAACUGUAAAGAAACCCUCCCCCGGGCCAGGAGGCUGACCAAGGAGAUGACGCUUUAACUGGAAGAAAUAUGAAGAAGGGAGAAGGAACACAGGAAGAGAGGCCGAGAGGAGGCUCUGGAGCAACGCAAACUGGACGAGGAGAUGAGAGAGGCGAAGCGUCAGCAGCGUAAGCUGAACUUCCUGAUCACCCAGACAGAGCUGUACGCCCACUUCAUGGGGGGCAAGGGUCCUGGGGAGGAGGAUGGGGGAGAGGAGGACAUUCUCAACAAGCUGGACGACACCAACUCUCACAGGCAGAUGACCAUCGGGGGAGGGUUGACAGUCAACGUUGGACAGGAGGACUACGAUAGUGAAUACUACAAGUCUCAGGCCUUGAGGAACGCUAAAGAAGCCUACGAGAUACACCAGGCCAGAACGCGUCUCUUUGACGAGGAGGCUAAGGACAGUCGCUMUGCCUCCCUGCACCAGGCCAGUGGGGGGUCAGGGUCAGGGUUCGGGGAGAGCUACAGCCUGUCUAACCCUUCUAUCCAGGCCGGAGAGGACAUCCCCCAGCCAACCAUCUUCAACGGGAAAUUGAAGGGUUACCAGCUGAAAGGCAUGAACUGGCUGGCUAACCUCUAUGAACAGGGCAUCAAUGGUAUCCUAGCAGAUGAGAUGGGUCUGGGGAAGACUGUUCAGAGCAUCGCUCUGCUGGGUCACCUGGCUGAGCGUGACAACAUCUGGGGUCCGUUCCUCAUCAUCUCUCCUGCCUCCACACUGAAUAACUGGCACCAGGAGUUUACACGCUUUGUCCCCAAAUUCAAGGUUCUGCCGUACUGGGGGAACCCUCACGACCGCAAAGUGAUCAGGAAGUUCUGGAGCCAGAAAACCCUGUAUACCCAGAAUGCUCCGUUCCACGUGGUGAUCACCAGUUACCAGCUGGUCGUUCAGGAUGUCAAGUACUUCCAGAGGGUCAAGUGGCAGUACAUGGUUCUAGAUGAAGCGCAGGCCCUAAAGAGCAGUACCAGUGUUCGUUGGAAGAUCUUGCUGCAGUUUCAGUGUAGAAACAGACUGCUGCUCACAGGAACGCCCAUACAGAACACUAUGGCAGAGUUGUGGGCUCUGCUCCAUUUCAUCAUGCCUACGCUGUUUGACUCUCACGAAGAGUUUAAUGAAUGGUUCUCUAAAGACAUCGAGAGCCAUGCAGAGAACAAGUCUGCCAUCGACGAGAGUGAGUACACUACACAACCUUCUGAGAUUUGUUUCAGACUUCUUGAUUUUUAAGUUCUACUUUAGAAG